CCACAUAGGUUUCCAUGCUUUGAAUCGUCACCGGUGGCGUAAAAAUCAGCCUGUUCUAUUGCAACACAGCGAAGUACUUCUUGCUCUCGUCCAUGGAUUCGUCUUCAACGACGUCGUCUCUGCACCUAGCCAUGGCGGCCUUGGUGGGGGCCUCACUGAUUGCCAUCUCAGCCUUCUACAUCCACAAGCGCAGCGUCGACCAGGUCCUCCAGCGCCUUAUCGAGAUCCGCCGCAAGCCCUCUCGCAAUGCCGGUAACCGGUUUGUCAUCGAGUAUGACGACGAGGCAGAAGAGGAAGCGGAAGCAGAAGAAGAAGAAGAAGAAGAAGAACGAGACGAUGACGGAGGGUACGGCUCCGACGAAGAGAUGGCGGUUGAUCGGGAAAUGUGGGGUCGGAGUUUGUCGAGGUCUUUGGACGAGAACAUGCUUCGGAGUUAUAUAAUUUCGGCGUCGUUGCCGAAUGUGGCUUCGAGAAAUGAUUGGUUGGACGAAGACCCCAAGCUUGAUCAGCCACCUGUGGGACUAAGGGCUCAUGGUUUUGCUUUCUCGCUGGACAGACCCAAUUUGAUUCCCCAGGGGCUUCCGCCUCUUCGACUGCAUCAAAGAGACGGAGAGAAUCAGUAUGUCAAACGUUCUGGUAUUGGUUCAAGGAUAGCAUCUGUAGGUAGGCUAGUGACUCCAAGAUCCCCUGGUGGCAAUGCUUUUGAUAGUGCAGGAGAUUCUGACGAGGAAGCAACUGAGCUUGCAAAUGGAGAUGACAUACUUUUUAACUAUGGAUAUAUAGAUUCUUCGACUGAUAUCACAAAUGCACAAGAUGUAAAUUCAGACAACCACCAAAAUUUGUGCACUGUUCCAAUAAUGGGUGACGGUGGGAACUUUAUGCAAGAUAAGAUGUGCAGGCCAACAGUAAGUGAAGCAAAAGAUGGUGUAGAUCUGGCUUCAGUGCACAUAGUGGGGAAUGAUCCUAAUUUUGGCAACACUAAUAUACCUCUGAGAACAACAGUACAUGGUUCAGAUUCAAUGAGCACAGAAGAGGAAGAAGUACGGAAAAUGAUUCGUGAGUGUCUAGAUUUGCGUAAAAGUUAUGUCUAUAGGGAAAUAGUUGAACCAUGGAUGGUAGAAGCUGUGGGGGAAUCUAGUGCAUCAGAGAUGAAUUGUGAUCCAUUUCACUUUGAACCUGCUGAAGCAACAGCUCACCAUUUCAAAAUGGAAGAUGGAGUGGUACAUGUUUAUGCGAGUGAAAAUGAUUCUGUGGAUCUUUUCCCUGUUGCAAGUUCAACAAGAUUUUUCACUGAUAUGCAUCACCUCCUAAAAGUUAUGUCUCUUGGAAAUGUUCGAUCUGCAUGCCAUCAUAGACUGCGAUUUCUUGAGGAGAAAUUCCGCCUUCAUCUGUUACUAAGUGCUGAUAAGGAGUUUCUGGAUCAAAAGAGCGCACCACACCGUGAUUUUUACAAUAUCAGAAAAGUGGAUACACAUGUGCAUCAUUCUGCAUGCAUGAACCAGACGCAUCUCCUUCGCUUCAUCAAGUCAAAGCUAAAAAAGGAACCUGAUGAGGUCGUCAUAUUCAGAGAUGGAAAAUAUAUGACCCUUAAGGAAGUUUUUGAGAGUUUGGACUUGACAGGGCAUGAUCUCAAUGUUGAUUUGUUGGAUGUCCAUGCUGAUAAAAGUACCUUCCAUCGAUUUGACAAGUUCAACCUUAAGUAUAAUCCUUGUGGACAGAGCAGACUCAGAGAGAUAUUCUUAAAGCAGGACAACCUUAUCCAAGGUCGGUUUUUGGCAGAAGUAACCAAACAAGUUUUAUUAGAUCUUGAAGCAAGCAGAUACCAGAUGGCAGAGUAUAGGAUUUCCAUUUAUGGACGGAAACAAAGUGAAUGGGAUCAGCUGGCAAGUUGGUUUGUUAACAAUGCUAUUUAUAGUCAGAAUGCUGUAUGGUUAAUCCAGUUACCACGGCUAUAUAAUGUGUACAAGAAAAUGGGAAUCGUUACCUCUUUCCAGAAUAUUUUAGAUAACGUCUUUAUUCCACUAUUUGAAGCCACAGUUGAUCCAAGUUCUCAUCCUCAAUUACAUUUGUUCCUGAUGCAGGUGGUGGGUUUUGAUAUUGUAGAUGAUGAAAGUAAACCAGAAAGGCGCCCAACUAAGCACAUGCCAACACCAGCUGAAUGGACCAAUGAGUUCAAUCCUGCAUUUUCCUAUUACGCUUAUUACUGCUACGCAAACUUGUAUAUUCUCAACAAGCUUCGUGAGUCAAAAGGAAUGCCAACAAUAAAAUUUCGGCCCCACUGUGGAGAGGCAGGUGAUAUUGACCAUUUGGCUGCCACAUUCCUUCUAUGCCACAAUAUUUCUCAUGGGAUUAACCUGCGGAAAUCUCCAGUUUUGCAGUAUUUUUAUUACCUUGCUCAGGUUGGAUUGGCUAUGUCACCUCUGAGCAAUAACUCCCUCUUCUUGGACUAUCAUCGCAACCCCUUUCCCAUGUUCUUCCAGCGUGGCCUAAAUGUCUCGCUCUCAACUGAUGAUCCUUUGCAAAUCCAUUUAACAAAAGAACCGCUCGUGGAAGAAUAUAGUGUUGCUGCAAAGGUCUGGAAGCUCAGUGCUUGUGACCUCUGCGAGAUAGCUAGAAAUUCUGUUUAUCAAUCUGGAUUUUCACAUGCCACAAAGUUGCACUGGCUUGGUGAUAAAUAUUUCAUGAGAGGCCCUGAAGGAAAUGAUAUUCGCAAAACAAAUGUACCCAAUUUACGGAUUGCAUUUCGACAUGAGACAUGGAAGGAAGAGAUGCAGUAUGUCUACUCGGGAAAGGGCAGGUUCCCUGAAGAAAUAGAGCUAUGAAGCAAACAAUAUAGAAUUCCGUCUUCCCCGUGAGUCUAAUGCUAAUGAAAUGUGGUGUUUAAUUGGGGUUGAUAUCAAUAUUGACGUUCGGCUUAUGUCUGCCUAAUUCCAUGUCAUUUCAUAAGUGAAUCUUCUUAUUGGGUCAAUAUUGUAAUGUUCUAUCAAUCUGAAUACCUGCUUAGCCAAUUUUGUCCAAGCCGAGUGCGGAUUUUAGUUUGUACAGGUAGAUGGCUGUUUUGGAUCUGAAUUGUAGGCCUUCUUGCCUUGCUUUUGGCAUGAUCUUUGGAAUAUGACUUCAUUUUGCACUA